AUGGAUCCCGACGUCCCGGCGCGCGCCCCGCUCCUCGCGCGCGAUCGCUCGGACGUCGAGGCGGCGCGAGCGACGGAUUCGCUGCCAUCGCGCUCAACACCCAGCGGCCGCGUCGACGCGCGAGAAACCCGCCGUUGGAUCGCCCGAGCGCUCGGCGUCGCCUCCGUGGGCGCGUGCGCGUUCGUCUUCGCGCGCGUGAGGCCGCGAACGCCUCGGGAGACGAAUUGGAUGGGCGCGAAGGACGUGAACGCGUCGACGGCGGCGUCGACGGGCGCGGCGGGCGACGCCCGGGCGCCGGGCGACGGGUACCCGAUUUAUCUGCACAUCCCGAAGACGGGAGGGAGCACGAUCGAGGGGUCGUUGGGACGGGUGGGGAUCGGGGUGGGGAUGUGUUUCGAUAAGGUGUACGACCGUCCGAUGCCGUACGAGACGCACCCGAGGAUGAGCGGGUGGGAAGCGUGGCACUGCGUGCCGAGAGAUUACGUGCGAAAUUCGUGGACGAUCGUGCGAGAUCCGUACGAGCGGGCGCAGAGUGAGUUUUUGUACGAGACGGCGAUGUACGAGGAGCAAAAGUUUUACGACCUGCGCACGGGGUACGCGGCGGAGAACUGCGAAGCGUUUCAAGACUUUGUGCGGACGAAGAUUUCGGCGCCGUCGAAGAGCGUCUUGCUUCAGUGCUACGCCGAGGGGGAUUACGAUAUGGCGCAUCAGAAACAGUGCGAUGAGAAACUUCCCGACGCGGGCGUGACGGCGGAGUCACACUGGUAUCCGCAGGCUCUCAUGGCGUCUCGCGCGGAGACGGUUCACAAAAUGGAGCUGUGUUUCGGUGAAAAUCCAGACGUGUGCCCCAAGGUGAGCUCGCGCGGAGGCGGGACGCACGCGAACAUCGUCAAGUACAUGCGCGAUCGCUAUAACCCUGAAGUGACACUCGUGCACGAGAAUCAGUGGACGUCGCACGCGAGGAAGCCGGAUUUGCGUCCGUGCUGGGAACGCAUGGACGACGACGUGUUGACGAGCUUCAACGCCGUCUACGGCUCUGAUUUCAAGCUCUAUGACUACGGAAAGAUCCAGAGCCUGAAAACCGCCCCGAACAUUCCCUCAACAGUCCUCUUUCGCAGGCUCAGAAAGAAGUGGGGCGACGGAUGGAAACUCGCUGACAUCGAGCUCAAGAUGAAAUCGAGAAACGCCGACGCGUCGCUCCGCGGCGAGACCCCGAUCACGUGCGACCCGAAGCUCGGCGAUCGCGCCUCCAUCGGCGCGCGCGAAAACAAGCGUAAUGUGCAUUCACGUAGACGUAGCGAUUCUUAA